AUGACAGAAGAAGUAACAUAUGCUAAUCUGAAAUUUGAGAACAGCCAUCAACUGGAUAAUUUCACAGAGCCUAAAGAUACUAAGGAAAAAGGGCCUCCCACUCCAUCCCGCUCUUGCUGGCCAGUAGUCCUGAUUUUGUUGGUGCUGUGCCUGGCAUUGUUGACAGCGCUGGUGACCCUGGCAGUUUUAUUUUUCCAGAUUCCCAAGCACUACAGGACAGAACUUACAGACCUCAACAUGACAAAGAAUGAGCUGCAUGCAAAUUUCUCAAAUAUGCUGCAAGCAAUAGGAAAUCAGCUGUGCUUGGAAGGUGAAAAAACCCUUAAAAAUAAUGGCCAGAACUGUGUACUCUGCCCUGCAAACUGGAAGUGGGAAGGUGGUGAUACGUGUUACUACCACUCCGACGAAAAGAAGUCGUGGGAACAGAGUCACCGGUUUUGUUCUUCACGAAACUCUACUCUUCUUCUGAUAAAAGAGGCAGCAAAGCUGGAAUUGGUGAAAACAUUUCCUAGAAAAAUAUACUGGCUUGGAUUAACAUUUAGAGCUAAAGAGAGAAACUGGUAUUGGGCAGACAACACAACUCUUACAGAAGAACAAAAGUCUUGGGCAAGGCAUAUAAACUCCCUCCAAUGCUGUGCAUAUUUUUAUUAUACUGAAAUAUAUAGCCAAGCAUUUAAAGAAGAGCUUCACUAUAUCUGUGAAAAGCCCGCUGUCCAAUUAGAGCGAGGUAGCAACCAUUGGCAGGAGGACUGGUUUGUCAGACCAAAAUGA